GAAAUUAUAACAGAAUCAACGCCCUACAGCUUAGCAGGCGUCAGUGAAAUGUUCAAAAUACUAGCUCUAUUUGCUUUUGUGACAUUGGUCAGCGCGGAUUUAUCACGCGUGCCAGUGUACAAACAGGAAAACUUCCAAAAGACUGCACGCAAUGUACGUGCCGAGUUGGCCUUACUACGCACCAAAUACAAUGUGCCCAGUACACGAGCAGUCAGCAAAGUAGAACUCUUCAAUCAAAUAAACAUGGCCUAUUAUGGUAAAAUCACAAUUGGCACACCACCACAAGAGUUUCUAGUUCAAUUCGAUUCUGGUUCCAGUAAUUUAUGGAUUCCAUCAAGCCAUUGCUGGAUUUGGGAUUUCGUUUGCAAGAGUCACAAUCAGUACAAUCACGAUGACUCAAGCACUUACGUUGCUAAUGGCAAAAGUGUGUCCUUCUCUUAUGGUUCUGGCAGUGUAAGUGGUUUCCUCUCUGCUGAUACUGUGACUGUGGGUGAUAUGGCAAUAAAAAGUCAAACAUUCACUGAAGCUAUGAAUGAGGCAUCCUCAUUCCAAAAUUCGAAUUUCGAUGGUAUAUUCGGUAUGGCCUAUCAAUCGUUAGCAGUUGAUAAUAUAGUCCCACCAUUCUAUAAUAUGUGGUCACAAAAAUUAGUGGAUGAUGAUGUGUUCUCAUUCUAUUUGUCUCGUGAUGAUGUUGAAGAUAAUGGCGGUGAAUUGAUUUUUGGUGGUUCUGAUUCAACGAAAUAUACUGGUGAUUUAACUUAUGUGCCCGUUUCUUCGGAAACCUAUUGGCAAUUUGAAGUAACAUCUGCUAUUGUUAAUGGCACCACCGCUUGUACUGACUGCCAAGCUAUUGCCGAUACCGGCACUAGUCUUAUUGUUGCACCUUAUGAUGGUUAUCUUGCUAUAAAUAUGGCGAUCGGCGCUUUCGAAUUGGAAGAAGGCGGUAACUUCUACGUUAGCUGUGAUGAUAUUGAUAGUUUGCCAAAUAUUGACUUCGAAAUUAACGGCAAAAUAUUUAGUUUGGAACCUAGUGCGUAUAUUGUUACUGUUGAUGGUGACUGCAUGUCCUCCAUCACCAAUAUGGGUACAGAUUUCUGGGUACUGGGAGAUGUAUUUAUUGGAAAGUUUUACACAGAAUUUGAUUUAGGCAAUAAUCGUAUUGGUUUCGCUCCAGUUGCUUAGAAACUUUAAAUUAAUUGAAAAUUGUGUAUCUACAAAUUAUAGAUUACCUACAAAUUUAUAAAUAAAGUAUCAUAUUAUUGAAGU